AUUUGUCUUUGAGAGACUGGAAGCGACUGUAAAAGCUUUUGACCGCGUCCUUUCCGCAAAAUGGCGAAAUUUUAGACUGAUUUUCUCUCAAUUUUGUUUGAAAAGUCGCCCGGGACGACCUGUAACCAUAAAAGAUGAGUUCAGUUUUUGCAUUACGCGGUUCUGAAGGAGGCAAGGACGUUAUUUUGGCGGAGGGAAAGACUUCUAUUGGCCGAGGACCAUUGCUCAGUGUAGCAGACAAGAGGGUCUCAAGGUCCCAUGCUACAUUAGAUAUAAACAAUGGCAAACUUACUCUUUCUGCUACUCAUACCAACCCAACAUUCUUUAAGCUGUCGGGUCGAGAGAAGUUUUCAGCCCUGAGAAAAGAUGAGAGUCAGGAGCUUAAGACAGGAGACUUGAUUUCCCUACUUCCUGACCAGCAUGUGUUUGAGAUUAUCAGUAUCAACCCCAAUACACACAGCACAGCUGUGAAUAAUGGGGCACUGACCGAUGAGAAGACACUUGCUGGAAGUACUGAGAAAUCUCAAGAAGAAAAAGUUGUGAGUCCAGAAGAGGACUCAAACCUUGAUGGAACCAGCAAUGGAUCUCCUUCUGAAGAGAGUUCUGCUAAACCCAGCCCAGGAGAUGAUACAACGCAAAGCAGGGAAGCACCUCCAAUAACCACUGGUGUAGAAGAUGCUGAGAUGCUUAAGAAAUCCCGUAACCUUCCUGCAUGGAUGGCAACAGGAGGCCAGGCCACCACUGCAAGCCCUCCUGUCACCAAACCUGUAGGGGGACCAGUGAAACGAGGAAGGGGGCGUCCGAGGAAAAACCCAGAUGCGCCUAGUAAUAAUAACACAAGUGGACACGACUUAGCAUACAUCCCAACUCCUGCUGAGCGGCGACAGCCAGUCUACAGAGAUACUGAUGAUGAUGUGGAUCGAGAGCUGCUUGAAGAAUUCAUGUUCGACAACGAUGAUGAAGAUGACAUUGAGGAAGAUGAUGAGGAGGAGUGGAGCCCAGUGGCGAAGAGUCCUUCUAGAAGAGGACGUGGGAGAGGAAGGGGGCGAGGAAGGGGUAGAGGAAGAGGAAGUAGUCGUGGCCGUGGCCGUGGCAGGGGUAGAGGUAGGGGUAGGGCAAAGAGGAGAAAGACGAAAGAAUAUAGUGAUGAUGACAGUGAGGAGGAAUUUGAGGAUGAGGAGGAUGAGUCCUAUUCGCCAAGAGCCAACCUCAGAAAGAAGUCGCGAGAAAUGAGCUAUAGCGAGAAUGAUGAUCCAGAUGAGGAUGAAGAUGAAGAGGUCGAUCUCCCGCCAAGGAAGGCUGCACGCCUGAGUGAGGGAGGGGGGCAAGCAGAAGACCCUUUAUCUAGAACGAGAGGCGAGAACUCCGCGAGUGACGAAGACACAAGUACUACCACCAAACAGAAGCUGUCUGUCUGCCCCUACGGCAAGCUUUGCUAUAGAAAGAACCCUCAGCAUUUAGAGGAAUAUUCUCACGAGGAGGAGAGGGACACUGGGAACCACAAACCAGAAUGUCCUUUCGGUACGGAGUGUUACAGGAAAAACCCGCAACACUUCCAAGAAUACACUCAUCCAGACAUCCGAGACGCAGGUGAAGACGACAGCGAUGACGACGAAGAACCGGACGAUAGCGAGCGAUCCUCGAGUGACGCCGAGAGCUACAAACAGCAGGGUUCAGAUGACAGCGACUGGGGCCCGAAUGACGAGUCCGAGGACGAAGACGUUAAAGAGCUAUUGUCAGAAGCCCGGGGAUUCCUUCGGCGUAAGAACAUGACUAAACCCGUGUGAUACACAGAUUAGACACUGUUGAAGAGCGAUGUGGCUCACCUUGUCAUGACUUCUGAGUGGUCUUGAUAGCACAGGACUGUGAUGGUACUUUGACCUCCAUAAUGUUUGAGCGCGAUAGUACAAAAACCUUGAUAGAACGUGAGCGUGAUGGUGCCAUGACUGUGAUGUGGCCAUGAUAAUGCCUGGCCGUUUAUGGUACAAAACUAUGACUGUUAUAGUACGUGACCGUGAUAUUGCCGUUACCGUUAAAAUACGUGACCGUGAAAGUGCAGUUUUCAUGAGCGUACGUGACCGUGAUAGUGUCGUUACCGUAAAAGUACGUGACCGUGAUAGUGCCGUUACCGUGAAAGUACGUGUUAAAGUACGUGACCGUGAGAGUGCGUAAGAUUUUACCGUGACCGUGAUAGCGCGUGAUCGUUUGAUUUUACCGUGACCGUGAUAGCGCUUGAACGUAUGAUUUUACCGUGACCGUGAUAGCGCGUGACCGUAUGAUUUUACCAUGACCGUGAUAGCGCGUAACCGUAUGAUUUUACCAUGACCGUGAUAGCGCGUAACCGUAUGAUUUUACCAUGACCGUGAUAGCGCGUAACCGUAUGAUUUUACCAUGACCGUGAUAGCGCGUAACCGUAUGAUUUUACCGUGACCGUGAUAGCGCGUAACCGUAUGAUUUUACCAUGACCGUGAUAGCGCGUAACCGUAUGAUUUUACCAUGACCGUGAUAGCGCGUAACCGUAUGAUUUUACCGUGACCGUGAUAGCGCGUAACCGUAUGAUUUUACCGUGACCGUGAUAGCGGGUGACCGUAUGAUUUUACCGUGACAGUGAUAGUGCGUAACCUUGAGGAGAUUGCGGGUUUCGUCACGCCGUUCGUUGACUACUGCACACGGGCCAGGAUCUUGGCUUGGUGUAGAGUUAAGUAGUGAUAGAGUGACACAGUGUAGAUUUGUAGAUAUGCCGGAGCUUGCCGUAAAAGGUUAUAGAUUGAAAUGUAUAUUUACGACAAACAAACGUAUUGUACCUAUAGAAAUAAAGUUCUUGUAAAUUAUAUAACCUUUAUGAAGCGAAAAUAAAGCAUGACAGAUGG